AUGUCGAGAAGAGAUGACGAUGACAUAAGUGUGGAAAUGGAAGACGACGGCGGAGAAGAAGAAGAAGACGACGAUGACGAGGAGGUGAUCGAGAGGCAGCCUAGUAAAAGAGGGAGGAAGAGAAAACAGAGAGAUGGCAGUGAGCGAAAGAAGAAAUCCAAGAAGAGGAAAAGAAGACAUGACAGUGAUGAGGAGGAGAGCGAGAUUGAUUGUUCUGACGACGACAAAUCAUUUGGAUUCAAGCCGCUCAAGGAGAAGAAAAAGAAGGAUGCUCCAGUGCAGCUGACACCUGCAGCUCCUGUUGGAAGACCAACACAGAAAAGUUCUGAAGAGUUUUGUGACGAGAAUGGACUCAAGAACGUCAGCUUGGAAUUUACCGAAGAUGACUACAAAAAUAUCACCAAUUACAAAUUCUUCAGUCAGCAUGCCAGACCACUGUUGACAAAAGAAAAUCCAAAGAUUCCUCAGCAGAAGCUGAUAGCCUUGUUGGGUAUCAAAUGGCGGGAAUUUGUUGCCAACAAUCCAUUCAAAGCAGACAGGGCUGCAGAUGUCCCAGCCCCUGUUGUGGUAUCAGUGAAGACACCUUCUGGGUCUCCAGCAACACCACAGAGAGAUGCUGAUGAUGAUGAUUCAGAGAUUGAAGAAGAGGAUAAAACCAGUUUCAGGCGGCGAUCAAAAAACAAGAAAGCCCAAGCAGUAGCACCUCUCAAAAUCAAGCUGACAAAGAAAAGGCGAAGGAAAAGGAAUAGCUCGGAUGAUGAAGCAGAAAAAGGCUUUGACACAAGUGAUGAAGAAUUUGAAAGACAGCUUGAAGAGGCAGCUAUGGUGAAAGACCAGGAUAAAACAGGGAAGAAGAAGACCAAGAGAGGCAGAGGUGGAAGGAAGAAGAAGACCAAAUUGACCAACAAAUAUCCGAAUGACCCUGACGCUGACGGCUAUGAGACAGAACAUCAGGACUACUGUGAAGUAUGUCAGCAGGGAGGGGAGAUCAUUCUCUGUGACACUUGCCCUCGUGCCUACCAUCUGGUGUGUCUGGAGCCAGAACUGGAGGAGGCCCCCGAAGGAAAGUGGAGCUGCCCACACUGCGAGGGAGAAGGAAUUAAAGAGCAGGAGGAGGAUGACCACAUGGAGUUUUGCCGAGUGUGUAAAGAUGGCGGGGAGCUGUUGUGUUGUGACCUGUGUCCUUCAGCAUACCACACACACUGUUUGAACCCACCAAUCAAAGGGGUUCCUGAUGGUGAAUGGCACUGUCCUAGGUGCUCAUGUAAACCUUUGAAAGGCAAAGUGAAAAAAAUUCUCACCUGGAGGUGGUGUGAACCCCCAAAAACUGAUGAUGAGCUUGACCACACCCACCACGAACUCCCUAAAAAGGCUUUGAAACCUCUCCGAGAGUUCUUCAUCAAGUGGGCAGACAUGUCAUACUGGCACUGUUCCUGGGUGUCCGAGCUUCAGCUGGAUGUGUACCACCCAGCGCUGUACAGAAACUACAUCCGCAGGGUGGACAUGGACGAGCCGCCUCCAUUGGAAGACGGCAGCAGCUACAAGGACAAAAUGAAGGAAGAGGAUCCACACAACCUGGAGGAGCGGUUUUACAGAUACGGCGUCAGACCGGAGUGGCUGAAUAUCCACAGGAUUAUCAAUCACAUGGAGACUGACAAAGGUACUUACUACCUGGUGAAGUGGAGAGAUCUGCCUUAUGACCAGGCCACUUGGGAAAAGGAGGAUGCAGAUAUAGCCGAUCUGCAGACAGCCAUGGACGAUUACAAAAACCUAAGAUUGGUCAUGUAUGGCAGUGAUGAACCAGUACCACCAAAGAAACCUGGCAAGAAAAGCAAAGGGAAACCAGCCAAGGACAAGAAGAAGAUUGACGAUGAUAUUCUCUCCAAGAUGCCACCUGCCUACCCCACCACAGAUCUUCGCAAACAACUGGACAGGCAGCCCUCAUACAUUGACGAGACUGGGGGGACUCUGCAUCCAUACCAGCUGGAAGGUUUGAACUGGCUGCGCUACUCCUGGGCCAACAACACAGACACUAUCCUGGCUGACGAGAUGGGGCUGGGGAAGACUAUACAGACCAUUACAUUCCUGUACUCGCUGUAUAAAGAGGGACAUUGCAAAGGUCCAUUCCUAGUGAGUGCUCCUUUGUCGACCAUCAUAAACUGGGAGCGAGAGUUUGAGUUCUGGGCUCCAGACCUCUAUGUUGUCACUUACAUCGGAGACAAAGAUUCCAGAAUAGUUAUCAGGGAGCAUGAAUUCUCCUUUGAUGACAACGCCAUCCGAGGUGGUGCAAAAGCUUCACGCUUGAAGCAAGGCUGCAAUGUGAAGUUUCAUGUGCUGUUAACCUCGUAUGAACUCAUCAGCAUUGAUACUGCCUGCCUGGGCUCUGUCGACUGGGCAGUCUUAGUGGUUGAUGAGGCUCAUCGGCUGAAGAACAACCAGUCGAAAUUUUUCCGUAUCCUGACCAACUACAAGCUGGGCUACAAGUUGCUUUUGACAGGCACACCUCUGCAGAACAAUCUAGAAGAGUUGUUCCACCUGCUCAACUUCUUAACACCUGAAAACUUCAGUGAUCUUCAGGGAUUUUUAGAUGAGUUUGCAGACAUCUCCAAAGAAGACCAAGUGAAGAAGCUCCAUGACAUGCUUGGGCCUCAUCUGCUGCGUCGAUUAAAGGCUGAUGUCCUGAAGGGGAUGCCAUCAAAGUCUGAGUUUAUUGUGAGAGUGGAGCUGUCUGCAUUACAGAAGAAGUACUACAAGUACAUUCUUGCCAGGAACUAUGAAGCCUUGAACAUCAAAGGUGGCAGCAACCAGACAUCUCUGCUCAACAUCAUGAUGGAUCUGAAGAAAUGUUGUAACCAUCCCUACCUGUUCCCAGUGGCUGCCCAGGAAGCACCACGUGCAAUCAACAAUGCCUUUGAAGGCUCAGCCCUGAUCAAGUCGUGCGGGAAACUAGAGCUGCUGGCUAAAAUGUUAAGGGAGCUGUUUACUACAGGGCACAGGGUGUUGAUCUUCUCUCAGAUGACCAAGAUGCUGGAUCUGCUCGAGGAUUUCUUGGAAGCAGAAAACUACCGAUACGAGAGAAUUGAUGGUGGUGUCACCGGCUCACAGAGGCAAGACGCCAUUGACAGGUUCAACUCCAAAGAGGCACCAGCGUUUGUAUUCCUGUUGUCAACAAGAGCAGGAGGUUUGGGCAUCAACCUGGCCACAGCCGACACUGUCAUCAUCUAUGACUCCGACUGGAAUCCUCACAAUGAUAUUCAGGCCUUCAGCAGAGCCCAUCGUAUUGGUCAGGCCAACAAGGUGAUGAUCUACCGGUUUGUGACCCGUGGCUCUGUCGAGGAACGUAUCACACAAGUAGCCAAGCGUAAGAUGAUGCUGACUCACCUGGUCGUCCGACCUGGACUGGGGAACAAAGGAGGGGCCAUGAGCAAGAAGGAGUUGGACGAUAUCCUCAAGUUUGGCACAGAAGAGCUUUUCAAGGAGGAUGAAAUUAAAGAUGGUGGUGAUGAUAGAAUCGUGUAUGAUGAUGAGGCCAUCAAAAAACUUCUCGACAGAACCCAGGCUGGCCAGGAGGAGAAGGAGAUGGCUAUGAAUGAAUACCUGAGUUCUUUCAAUGUUGCCAAGUACACCAUCAAGGAAUUAGAAGACGAGGAAGAGCCUGAAACAGAAGUUCUGAAACAGGAAGCGGAGCAUGCUGACCCCGCCUACUGGGAAAAGCUGUUGCGUCAUCACUAUGAGCAGCAGCAGGAGGACCUGGCCAGGACCCUGGGCAAGGGCAAGCGAAUCAGGAAGCAGGUCAACUACAACGAUGCCAUGAAUGGUCACGAUGAAGAGGCUUGGAAAGAAAACCUCUCAGAUUAUGACUCUGAUUUCAGUCAAGUAAAUGAAGAAGACGACGAUGAUUUUGAUGACAAACAGGAAGGACAAGCAACAACUAGGAGUAGAAGGAGGAUUGAGAAGGACAAGCCCCUGCCCCCUCUGUUGGCACGAGUGAAUGGACAGAUAGAGGUGUUGGGUUUUAACGCCCGACAGAGGAAAGCUUUCCUGAAUGCAGUGAUGAGAUGGGGCAUGCCUCCCCAGGAUGCUUUCAACUCUCAGUGGUUGGUCCGAGACCUGAGAGGCAAGACAGAGAAAGUGUUCCGGGCGUACGUUUCCUUAUUCAUGCGACACUUGUGUGAGCCAGGAGCCGACAACGCUGAGUCUUUCGCUGAUGGGGUUCCUAGAGAGGGUUUGUCUCGCCAGCAUGUGCUGACCAGAAUCGGCAUCAUGUCACUUGUUAGAAAGAAGGUUCAGGAGUUUGAACUCAUCAAUGGGACUCAGAGCAUGCCUUACGUGAAAGCCUCUGAUGCAAUUGAGAAACUCAAGACAGAGGCAGAAGCAGAGAAAGAGGCAGACAAGGAGAAAAAAGACAGAAAGGAGGAGGCAAAGAAGGAGAGUGAAAAGGCCGAAGGAGGCACUCCAAAGGACAGCAGUGAGAGUGUGAAGGGUGACGAACCUGAAGCUGGCAGCAAAGACAGUGACAAGACCAAGGAAGAGGAAGUAGCAGCAGAUGAAAAUGUAAAGGAAAAACAGAAUGAUGACCAGAAAGAAGAGGAAAGCAAAGAUGAGCCGAUGGAAGUAGAAGCUGCUGUGAAAGACCCAGUAACUUUAGAUGAUGUCAAGGAAGAAAAGAAAGAUACACAAGAGAAAGAAAAAGACGAGAAUGACAAAGGUGAUGAGAAGGAAGAGAAGGAGAAAGAUGAGUCCACAAAAGAAAAGAACAGUGCUGAGGAAAGCAAAGAAGGCACAGCUGAUGUGAAAACAGAGGAGAAGAAAGACGCUACAGAAGACUCCAAGAAGCAGGACGAGCUGUUCCAGAAGUUUAUGUUCAAUAUUGCUGAUGGAGGCUUCACGGAGCUGCACACCCUGUGGUCAAACGAGCAGAGAGCCCUCUCAAAGGGAAGAGAACACGAGGUCUGGCACCGCCGCCAUGACUAUUGGCUUCUGGCCGGAAUUAUCACACAUGGCUAUGGUCGCUGGCAGGACAUCCAGAAUGACCCUCGCUUCCAGAUCAUCAAUGAACCAUUUAUUUCCGAACAAGGCAAGGGCAAUUUCCUGGAAAUCAAAAACAAGUUUCUGGCCAGGAGGUUCAAGCUUCUGGAGCAAGCCCUGGUCAUUGAAGAACAGCUGCGACGUGCAGCAUACCUGAAUCUCACCCAAGACCACGCUCAUCCGGCUAUGGCACUGAAUGCCAGGUUUGCAGAGCUGGAGUGUCUGGCAGAAAGUCAUCAGCAUCUGAGCAAGGAAUCUCUUGGAGGCAACAAACCAGCUAAUGCUGUUCUGCACAAGGUGUUGAACCAGCUUGAGGAACUGCUCAGUGACAUGAAGCAGGAUGUCUCCAGGCUGCCAGCCACGCUGGCUCGAGUGCCGCCCGUGACACAGAGGCUGCAGAUGUCUGAGAGGAACAUCCUCAACCGGCUCGUCACCCCAAAUGUCAUGACACCGCAGCAGGCGGCACAGAGUCAGCAGUCCGCGUCGAGAACCAGUAGCCCAGCGCUUGUCAAUCCAGCAGCUUCAGCUGUGGCUAAAUCAAAUGGCAGAAAUUCCCCAUCCGGUGUGUCCAAAUCACCUGCACCCACCACUUCCCAAGAGAAAGAUGAAGAAACAUCCAAAAAGUCUGACACUCCAUCCACUUCUAUAUCAGAGAAAACUGAGUGA